AUGCUGCUGAAUGCUCCGCCUGAAGAUGAACCGCUUCCGCUCUCGAACCGAAAAGGCACCAUCUACGGUGCUACGGUUCCUUUCUUGGUCAUCUCUUGGGUAGCAGUGGGAAUGCGACUGUGGGUGCGAUUUGGCGUCAUCCGUGAGCCGGGCUGGGAUGAUCUAUUUGUGGUGCUCGCAUCGGUCCUCAAUACCGCAGCGACUAUAUGCGUACUAGUGUCUAUCGAAUAUGGACUGGGGCAUCACUUUCUGUACCUCGAAAUCCCAAAGAUGACGAUGUAUAUACAUCUUUUUUACAUCGAAAACGCCACGUAUAUCACGCAAACCGCCCUCAUCAAAAUGUCCCUCCUCUUCCAAUACUUGCGCAUAUUCAAAGCUGGAACGAUGCGUUGGAUAUGCCUCUCGCUGCUGGUCAUCAUCGGACUAUGGGGACUUACAUAUAGCUUCAUGGCUUGGUUCCCGUGUUUCCCCGUCAAAGCAUAUUGGGAUCGAUUGAAUAAUCCAAAUGCCAAGUGCUACGGCUUCGGAUUCUCGAAUCAGGACGACUUUAUCGGGCUGUUUGAGAGCCAUACCGCCUUGAACAUGGCGUUCGAUGUUGCAGUUUUCUUGACGCCUACGGUGCUCUUCAGCAAGCCGAACCUAAGGAAGAAGAAUCUUGUUGCGAUGUCGGGUAUCUUUAUAAUAGGCGCUGUGGUUGUCUUCACGUCGAUAUGGCGCCUCUACACCAUCGUUGCGAAUCGCGCAGCAACACAUCCCUACAUCGACUUCACCUGGUUCCCACCCGUAUCCAUCAUCCUCUCCUGUCUCGAGAUCGACCUCGCUAUCAUAUGCGCAUCCAUGCCCAUCUUCUGGCCCGUCAUCGAGAAAUCGCUCACCGCCAUCUUCGUCACGCGUGAAGUCCACAUCACGGCCGAACACCGCCGGAUCGACGACGACGACCGCGGCCUAGCAUACGAGCUCGAGCACAACGCUGGGCUGGGCCGACAGCCCAGCGUGAAAAGCGAUAGCGGGAACUCGAGAGAAAGUCUCACGCGACAGGUAACGCUUGCUGGAGGAUUCGAGGAUCAUUAUAAGGAUCAGUAUGUGCUGGCGCAGGUUGAUCCGCUGGCGGGCGACAACGUACCCGGCGUGGGCGUCGAGACGAACGUGGAUAGUCGGCCUAACAAGCCGAAGUGGAGAAUAUGAUUCUUGUUAUGAUACCCAGGGAUGGAAAAAAGUGGGUUCGGAGGCGUUUUGUGGGUUUGUUUUUCUAGAGGGCUGGUAUUGGAUGGAAAGGAGGUGGAGGUGGCUGUGCACGAC